AUGACUGGAGAGCACUUUGAGGAGUGGUUUAGAGAUAGUCUGCUCCCAAAUGUUCCUCCUAAUAGUCUGAUUGUUAUGAAUAAUGCCUCAUAUCAUUCAAGGAUUGAGGAAGAGAUUCCUAAGAAAAGUUGGACUAAGUGCAAGAUGAUUGUGUGGCUAGUGUAUUAUGGUAAAGAGUUUUUUGAUGAUGAUUGCACUAAGUCCCAACUUUUGGCAUUCGUACAAGACGCAGCCAAAAGGAUGGGCCUCACGACCACUAAGUACAUUGUAGAUGAAAUGGCUCUUAAGGCUGGACAUGAGGCACAGGUAAAGGGCCAUAUAAAGGCAAACACCUCCAAGUUGACGCUUGAUGAAGUUAAAAGUCUUGCGGAAGCGGGUUUUGAGGUGGUAAAUAAAGAGCGAUGGGCUGACUUGGUUAAACAUGUGAGGGAUAAAGUGGAGGACCGCUACUGGCAGAAUGAUAAUCUCAAUAUUGAUGAAUGUUUUCGUGUACCUGAUUUUGUCAUUCAUGUCCAUGGUGAGUCAGAUGAUGCCCUUAGCGAGACAGAUGCUGCCUCAGGCCCUGACUCACUUGAUGAUUGUGUGGCUGCUAUUGACAGUGAUGAGGACAUUUGA